CGACAACGGACAGGAAGUGUUUUCCGAGGGUUAUGGGGUCUUUUCUGAAGAAAUGAGGAAUUUAAAGCCUCAAGCAAGAUGAGUGUGUUAUUGUCAGGGAUAUUAAUGUUAUUUGCAUAACAACAAAGGCAAACGUGCCCUAAAGUGAGAACGGGUUGAUUUCAAACAAAGAUCGAACAGCAAUCGUUAAGUGUAGACUGAUUUGCAAGCGCAGUGUCACUGUGUUCAACUGCUGUAAAUCAGUUUCUAGCAGUUUUUUUUUUUUUUUUUUUUUUUGGUGGAGCUGGAAGUUAACUCAUUUUAACUUUAAUAAGGAGUCCAUUGCUUUCUGUGUACUUAUUUUUGAUUGAGUUGCGUUAACAUGGUGAUGACCAGAAGGAAGUGGCUGCUGUUUACAUUGUUGGUGGUGGGAGUUUCACAGGGAGUGACAGCUGAUUUGGAAGAGAUAAAUGACUCUCCUGAAGGCGAGACAUCGUUCCACAGUCCAGACACUGAAGAUGAAGAGGUGCCCACUGGAGCACGGAUGGUUGUGGGGCAGGCACAUUUUCCCAGAGAAGAAGCGUCUCAGGAUUCGGAGGGGGGUCCUGAGGGCAGCUCUGAGGAACCAAGUUUAUUAGAAGCGACUGUUACUGAAGACCUGCCCACAGAGCCUGUUGAUGCUGAAGAAAAACCGAAAGCAUUGCUGAGAGUGGUUGGGGGCACAGCUGAUGGCGAGCCCUGCUUCUUUCCCUAUUUGUUCCUGGGUAAAGAGUUCACAGUGUGUACCACAGAGGGACGAGGAGAUGGCAGGCUCUGGUGUUCAACUACCUACGACUACGACAGAGACAAGAAAUGGGGAUUCUGUGAAACUGAAGAACAAGCUAAGCAGAGACGCCAGGCUCAAGAGGCCGAGGACCUUUACCAGAUGGCGAUAAAGAUAAUUAAUGGGACAAACAAGACCAGCCAAAAGAAAGAGGGGUACAGUAUUCUGAUGAAGGCUGCAGAGAUGGGUCACACCAAGGCGAUGGAGAAAGUGGCAUACGCAAUGCUGUUUGGAGAUUAUGUGACACAGAAUACCCAUCAAGCCAGGGAACUCUUUGAGAAGCUGCUGAUUGAGGGGUCUCCCAAAGCUCAAACGGGGCUUGGAUUCCUCUAUGCUGUCGGUCUAGGAGUUAACUCAAGUCAAGCUAAGGCAUUGGUCUACUACACUUUUGGGGCACUUGGAGGGAACUUGAUAGCCCACAUGAUCCUGGGAUACAGGUACUGGGGUGGAAUAGGAGUCCCUCAGAGCUGUGAAUCUGCUUUGACACACUACCGGCUUGUAGCGAACCAUGUGGCGAGUGACAUCUCCCUGACAGGAGGCAGUGUGGUUCAACGGAUCCGCCUGCUGGAUGAAGUGGAGAACCCCGGUGUGGCCAACGGAAUGCUGGAAGAGGAUCUGAUCCAAUACUACCAGUUUCUGGCUGAAAAGGGGGAUGUGCAGGCUCAGGUUGGUCUUGGACAGUUGCAUCUGCAUGGAGGUCGUGGUGUGGAACAAAACCAUGAGAGGGCCUUUGAGUACUUCAAUCAAGCAGCUAAUGCAGGAAAUACACAUGCUAUGGCAUUUUUGGGAAAGAUGUACUCUGAGGGUAGCGAUUCUUUACCUCAAAACAAUGAAACUGCAAUUAAGUACUUCAAGAAGGCAGCAGACUUGGGUAACCCGGUUGGACAGAGUGGACUGGGAAUGGCUUAUUUAUAUGGCAGGGGAGUUCCAGUGAAUUAUGACAUGGCAUUGAAGUAUUUUCAGAAAGCAGCCGAGCAGGGCUGGGUGGAUGGGCAGCUCCAACUGGGAACCAUGUACUACAAUGGUAUAGGUGUAAAGCGGGACUACAAGCAGGCAUUGAAGUACUUUAACCUGGCUUCUCAGGCUGGGCAUAUCCUAGCCUUCUACAACCUGGCUCAGAUGCAUGCCACUGGCACGGGUGUGAUGAGGUCCUGCCAUACUGCCGUAGAGCUGUUUAAGAACGUGUGUGAGCGGGGCCACUGGUCUGAAAGGAUGAUGGCAGCCUACAGCCAUUACAAAGAAGGGGAAGCUGACUUGGCUCUGGUGCAGUACCUUCUGUUGGCUGAACAAGGAUAUGAAGUGGCACAGAGCAAUGUGGCCUUCAUACUGGAUCAAGUAGGACAAGCAAAACUCUUCAGUGAAAAUGAGACGUUCCCCAGAGCUCUCCUGCACUGGAACCGAGCAGCUGCCCAGGGAUACACGGUGGCAAGAAUCAAGUUGGGAGAUUACCAUUUCUAUGGCUAUGGUACAGAUGUGGACUAUGAGACAGCAGUUAUCCAUUACAGACUGGCUUCAGAGCAGCAACAUAACGCCCAAGCCAUGUUCAACCUGGGCUACAUGCAUGAGAAAGGGCUGGGAAUAAAGCAGGAUAUCCACCUUGCGAAGCGCUUCUAUGACAUGGCAGCUGAGGCUAGUCCAGAUGCACAGGUCCCUGUGUUUUUAGCUCUAUGCAAGCUUGGACUGGUCUACUCCCUCCAGUGUCUACAAGAAAUGAACGUAAGUGUCAGGAAUGCUCAGGAGCUUAUAUCACAGAUUGACCUGGACCAGCUACUGGGGCCAGAGUGGGACCUGUACCUCAUGACAAUAAUUGCGUUACUCCUGGGGACCAUCAUUGCUUACAGGCAGAGACAGCACCAGGGAGUUCCCAGACCGGCAGCCCCACAGCGGCCCCCAGAAGAGCAGCGAGAGCCAGAGCAGUAAGCGGACUGCCCUCUCUCCUCACUGAAGCUCCGUUACAACGACUUUCUGACUAACAGACUUUUCCUAAAGCCUGUAUUGCACAGAAAUCCAGAGGCUGUCCUAGCCCUUUUUGGAGCAGCAUAAAAAGAAUCCCAACAUGACUUGAUCCCUCAUUUUGCAGAAAUUGUGCACAUAGGGUUUUGAACAUGCCUGCCCCCUCCACUUAUGACAGAUAUUCUGCUUCUGAUUGUAUAAUGCUGUUACACAGCUGUUAAGUGUAUCUAUAAAUGUGGAGCAGGUCGGAUUGCUUCUUCAUUUGCAGUGUUUUUUUUUUAAUUUUAUUUGGGGGGUGGGAGGGGUGUCAAUCUCUCCAGUAUCUUAACGGGUUUGACCUUGAAUGCAGGAGCAAAGUUCACAUCCAGUUAGUGCGUCUUGUGUACAGGACUUUUCAUUUGUCACCCCAGUUGAUCCUUCUUGCUGACCUGUGGAAACUUUUGCAUUGAAGCCUUAAGUUCGGGCUUGUUUAAUAGGUCUUUUAAAUGUGAGAUAGACAUUGGAUGUGCUCAUUGUUCAACCAGGCACAUCUAUCAGUGGCAUGUCACUGAAGUAGCCAAUUGGAACUCGUAAUUUAUUAGUGUAUUGUUUUUUUUUUUUUUGUAAUCUUUUCCUUCUCGAGUGCAGCCUGGGUUACCUGGCUUGUGAACAUUCCCCUUAGAGGUGUUUUUCUGGAAAUGUUACCACUAUAAUCAACAUGAUUGCAAGAGUAUACUCGCAUUAGGUGAAGUUAUAAUUUGUUUAUAUAAUGCUUCCACCACUAAAUUGUUUCAAGUUAAAUUAUUAACCUUGCAAAUGAGUUUAAUACAUCAUGGUUUGCUUAACAUUAAAUCAAUUUCUUCUCGGGAAAAUGGUGUUCCAAAUUCUUUCAUCUACGGUAAUCCACGUUUGCUGAAAAGAUAAAUCGCAAAUAAUAGUUUAUAAGAAAAGGAAACCUAAGCUUCAAGAAGUCACGACUGUGCCAAGUAACACUAAAUGAAAGGUGUUUUCUCUCCAACCUGUUCCUCGUAAAACUUAAAUAAAAUUUAAAACCAAACUGUCUGAAAAUGUGUUCAGCCUUUCAGCUGUGUGGCUUUAUAAUCCAAUCCAUGUGUAGGGUUUGUCCUCUGCCACAUUAGCAGGUUUCUGAAACUAGCUGGCUGGUAUGUGUUGCAGACAUAUGUUGAAUGCUGUGUGUGUGUUAUUGUGAUUUAUCUAUCAUUUUGAGUGGAUUUGGAAUUUAAUCCCAGGAAGCAUCUUUUCAAAACUGGUGCAAAUCAUAGUGUUGCAGAUCCUAGUACCCAGCAAAAUCUUUUGAUGUUUUAUUUCUAGACUAAAAUAUAUCCUGGUUUGAUUUUUGUUUAAUUAAGUAGCAGUUUACAGUUUAACAAACUAUUAGAUGUCUUAACUAAAGAAAAGCUUGCUAUAAUUAAGGAAAACAAUUAUUUUAAACUAACUGGAUUUAGAUGGUUAAAAUGCAGUAACAAAACAAAAAAAAAAACUGGUUAUCUAAAAAAGUCCAAUUUACUGAUACAAAACAACCAGGAAGGAAGGUUUAAUAUAGGGUAAAGUUGUUGCUUGCUUGUUUUGCAACAUCACUAAUGUUUUUCUUUGUGAAUUGAGCCCAUUGUUUCUUACAAUAAUCAUCUGUUUGUUCUGUGUGUGUGUGUGUAGAGAGACAUUUUCUGAAGAAAUGUCAUCACUGCCCCUUUCCCAACCUCUCAGUGAGUUUAACUAGUAAUGGACAUAGCAUCACAGAUAUGGAGAUGUUUGUAUAUUAUUAUUAUAGCAAUUAAAUGUAAAACUUGUGCUUAAGACUUGAGCGUAUUUAAAAAAAAUAUAUAUAUAAUAAUAAUAAUAAUAUACAAAUGUUCCAUGCCUGGUUUUCUCCUGUUAUAACAUGCACUGAACAGUAUUGGCCUUGGAAGAAUUGCAUCUCCAAUUAUGUAAUUGGGAGUACUUAAACCGUUAGCAGAUUUUUAUUUUAUUUUUUUAUUUUUACCCACAACAACAUUUUUAUCGCAAACCUAUUACAGCCUACAAAGUCCCAAAAUAGACUAAAAUCUUGAGUUGAUUUUUUAAGGGGUUUAGUUACACAGAAAGGAAAUCUGUUUUUGUAAAUAUAAAAUCUAUGUAUAAAAUCAAUAGAACAGCUGCUGUAGUGUAACACUGUGUACACCUUUUGUUAAUAAGAUGUAAAGUACAGACUGGAGUUAAAUAUAUCAGAAUGGCAAUUUGAGGAAAAGCUGUAUUGCCACAGAAUUAAAUGGAAUUUAAAUUGUGGUUUGUUUUGUUUUUUUGUUCCUUACAUUUGCAUUAUUAUUUGUUUGUCAGACGCCUUUUUCCAAAGUGACUUACAGGUGUUACAGGGCCAAAACAAUAUUUAAACUGUGUAUUUUGCAGUAAGUGCAAAUGCUACUAGAAUACAAUAUGGGACGUUUUGGAUUAAAACAAAUUGUAUAUACAAUAAGUAUAAUGUAUACACAUAUACAAUAAUGGUAGUGAAGUGAAGGAUAGUGCUUUAGCUGAAUGUCCAGUAACAUGGUGCUUAGGUCAGGCAAGUCCAGUGAAUAGUAGGAGUUGAUCAGGAGAUCUACAAGUUCAGUCUAAACGGUGGGUCUUGAAGGCAGCAGAAGGC